AACCUGACGUAGAAACAAACUCAUCCUGAUCAGUAUCUGCUGGACAGACUACAGUCACUCCAGAUCAACAGUCGGCUCAGUCAGAAAGUGUGUGGUUCCUCGUGACAGCAGAAGGCAGGGUUUGAGUCUGACGUCUGCAGGAGCGUCUCGUGUUCAGCAUCCUGUCAGAGGAACCCAGAGGAACCGGACGCUCAGAGCCGCAGGAUGUCGAGUUCUCUAGUCGUGUGCGAGGUGGACGUCAGUCUGCAGGAGAAGCUCAAGAAGUUCCGCUUCCGUAAGGAGACCAGCAACGCAGCCAUUCUGAUGAAGAUCGACAUGGAGAAGCAGCUGGUGGUGCUGGAGGAGGAAUAUGAGAACAUCUCACUGGAUGAACUCAGAGAAGAGCUUCCAGAGCGUCAGCCUCGGUAUAUCGUGUACAGUUAUAAACUGACCCACGGUGACGGACGCGUGUCGUAUCCGCUCUGCUUCAUCUUCUCCAGUCCUGUGGGUGAGUAGAGAC